UGCGGAACAUCUCCAACGAACACUUCCGCAUUGUUGUUUAUAUUCACCAAGGAACCGUGAAUGUGAUCACUGUUUAGUUUCAAAGAACCAUUCUCAAAGUAGACGCUUACAACCUUUUAUGAUGGAGAAAUCACUUUGGGAUCUCGCGAUUGUGCAAGCUCAUGACAACAAAGAGGAGCAGUCAUCGAGUGAAGAGUCUGCAAUUUUCUUAAUAGGCAGCAGGAACUCAGGAAAAACUUCAAUCAUCUUAAGAUUUUUAGAUCGAGAUGAACCUCCAAAACCAACUGUUGCUUUGGAGUACACAUUUGGCCGAAGACCCAAAGGCCACAACAUCGCAAAGGAUGUCGGUCACAUAUGGGAGCUAGGCGGAGGAACCUGGCUGUCCAAGUUGAUGGAUGUUCCCAUAAAUCCGAACACUCUUUUGCACACAACCGUGGUCUUGGUUCUGGAUUUGUCUGCCCCCAAUGAAAUGUGGUUCACCAUGGAGACUUUGAUGACUGCAGCAAAAGCCAGACUGGAGGAGGCAAUAAAUGAGGCAAAAUCUACUGACCCUUACAUAAAAGACAAGCUAAGGAAAAAGGCAAUGGAAAGGGUUGGAGAAGAAAACCCGGACAAGAGUAUGAUGGACUUAUUUUUAUUACCUCUUGUGAUUGUGGGAAGCAAGUAUGAUGUUUUCCAGGAUUUUGAUUCUGAGAAAAGGAAAGUGAUCUGCAAAACUCUCAGAUUUCUGGCGCUUGUGCAUGGAGCUUCGCUACAGUUUUUCAGUGUCAAACAAGAACAGCUGGUAUCCAGAAUGAGGUCGUUAGUGAAUCACCACUUGUUUGCCACAGCAGCAGGAAAAAGUCUGCAAGUUGAUCACAACAAACCACUGUCUGUCCCCACUGGGCAUGAUUCCCUGCAACAGAUUGGCACACCACCACUUUCUGAUUCUGAUAUUGGAAAAAUCCAAGCAAAAACUCCAAUGGAACUGUGGAAAGUUGCCUUUUGUGGAUAUUUCCAGCAAACGAGUGCAAACAACCCAGCGAUGGUCGAUGACCCUGCAAAGGAUCCUCAGUUUGCUGAGCCAGCCAUUGACACUCUCAGAGCUCAAAAAGAUGAGGAGCUUGAGCGGUACAGAAGGCUGGCAGAGAGACGAGCAAAAGAAGCACGCAGUGGUUAUAUAGCAGCAUGAUGUUCUGCAUGUUAUUUUCUCUAUUCAUAUUUUUGAAUACAACGUCUAAUUUUAUCUGUGAUAUUAAUAGUUUGUUUCUGAUUGUUGUUAAUAAACACAGUUUUUAAAAAAGUGCUUAUGAUGCUUGCUGAAUGUUUUGUGAAAAAGUUGAGUACAGUGAACUUUAUGACUUCUUUUCCUUAUUUUUCAAUCCAUACCAUGUUUCUAUUGGUGUCUAUGGAGUACUAGUUACUUACAAUACAGACAUUUUGCUCCACGUAAAAAACGGGAGUUCAGUCAUUCAUGUACGAGAUGUUUUGUUAUAUUAUUAAAAACAGGUUUUCCAUCUUCCAGCUGGGAUGUAGAAUCCAGUUGUCCCCAAAAGGCAAUGUUUUAGUUUAAGCAGCCCACCUCCUAAAUGAUAACUGUGUCAAUUGGGGGCGUAAAACAUUUCCAAUCACAGCCCAUUUCAGUCAUAUUUUCAUCCAUGUUGUUGCAUACAUUCAUGAGUUUUAUCCUUUUUGUCUUCUAAUGACCUCCUCAAGCUGCCUCUCCUAAGGCUACUACUGUUAUUCAGAUGUCUGUUAUUAGCUUUGAAACAGCUUUUCAUGCUCCUUGAACAUUACUGUUUAGCUGCUUUAUUUUGAAAGCGAUUCUUACAAAAAGCUUUUAACAACAUAACCCACCUGAGUGGUUAAGACAAAGCAUCAUGUUAAAAGAUUUUGAGGAUAGCGAAGUGACCAACAUGAUACUGGUAAUUCAGUGCAGGGGAAAAAGUAAGAUCAGCAGAAACAAUACAGAGAGAAAGAAUAGAAGUAAGAAUUACCAAUGGAGUACCCAAACCAAAGGCCAAGGAAACAGUCUACCCCAAAACCGAGAAAGAGAGAGGGGGGGGGGAGAGCGAGAGAAAGAGAGACAUGACAAUAAAAAUUGUAUACUAAGUAA